AUGAAUGGAACAGAAGGUAUCAAUUUUUAUGUGCCUCUUUCCAACAAGACAGGGCUGGUGCGGAGCCCCUUUGAAUAUCCCCAGUAUUACCUAGCAGAGCCCUGGAAGUACAAAAUGGUGUGCUGCUACAUCUUCUUCCUCAUCUCCACUGGGCUGCCCAUCAACCUCCUCACCCUCCUUGUGACCUUCAAACAUAAGAAGCUACGACAGCCGCUCAACUAUAUCCUGGUUAACCUGGCGGUAGCAGACCUCUUCAUGGCCUGCUUUGGCUUCACGGUCACCUUCUACACAGCCUGGAAUGGCUACUUCAUAUUUGGUCCCAUCGGCUGUGCCAUUGAGGGCUUCUUUGCAACACUGGGAGGUAAGAUCCACGAGGGAAGUAGUGAGCACUACUUUGUACCGAGUUAAAGGAGUGGUCCUCUUAACUCAGUAUUGUCUUCAUUGUCUGUCAGUGGUUCUCUAGGGGUUCAGACUCAAAAUUCCCUGCCAUACUGGGAGAUGUCAGGGGAUUGAACCUAGGAUCUUUUGCAGAUGCUCUAGCAAUGAGCUAUGGAAGCAUUGCAAGGAAGCAGUGGCACAUGACUAGCCAAGCGGUGGGGAGAAGCGGCAUGGCUGGCUCAGCUUCUGCUGCCUAUGUUGGGUUCACUUAUCAUCAGACAUCUUGCACAUGUGAACCAAAACACAGCUAUCCUUAGAAAUUUGUGCAUCUCUGAAUUUUGCAGUGCAGUUCUCCAACCAACCAAAAUGUACAAAAAUGUGUACGUUAUGGAGAAAUGCCUAUAAAAUGCAUAUAUUGGUGAAAAUAAUUAUAUUGGGGAAAUUGCUUACAAAAAUGUGUACAUUAGUCAAAUACAUACAAAAAUGUGUUUAUUAGAAGAAGUUCUUCGUGAAUUUUCAUGAAGAUUUUAAAAAGAAAAGUGCAUUGCUCCAAAAAUGUACCAAACUCAUUUUAAGAUUGAGAAACUUAGGCAACCAAAAUGGACAGUUUUGUCCAUCCUGACCCAUUUAUGUAUUUUUUUUUUAUUUGAACUAGUGGCCAACUUCAUGAAGCUAUUUGCGUCAACUAUAAUUACUAAUUUUUUUUUUUAAAUAUUUCAUUAUUCAUCGUAUCUACUGGUUCAAAGACUUGUGGUUGCUCAUUUGACAAAAUUCCUGCCUAAAAAGCAUUGUACACACUGUGACACAUAUCUGUGUGCAGUCAUUGUGUACGGUAAUCAACACAUGAUUUUUCCUACAUGGAGACAGUUUCCAUGUAGGUUGUGUCUCAAACGAUGGAAAUCUGGUAGAGGCUGGUUUGUGUAUAUCAGUGUAACAUCCUCAGGGAAAUAUGAAAUUCCACCUGCAGUAAGGAAGGCACAGUUCCAGUGAAUGAAUAGAAAAUGUUGUGCCCCCUAGAUCCUUUCUGUUUGCAAGGAACGUUUUACUUAAGCAUUCCUACUGACAGGAGAUUAUUGUUUCACAUGGAAAGAGAAGCGGUCCAACAAAUAAAUUCCAGUGCACUAAACUUGCAGUAGGAGAUGUUGCCAUAUGCUGACAGGAGACUCCAGCCCAUAGGCUUCCAACAGCAUAAGAUUGAAUUGGGUAUCUCUUCUGGCAAAUGUAUUGGAGUUCAUUUAAGAACUGCUUCUCUGCAUUGCAAGUUGCAAGAGAACAUUAUUACCCUAUGGAAACCAUUUGCCGAUGGAGUCUAUGUGCUCUGUUGUUUCUCUGCCAUCUGGAGAGAACACAAACUAAGCAAUGCUGAAUCUUUGGCCCUUACUCUCUGGAAUGAAUAUUUCAGGGAUAAAACAGCUCCUACUUGGGCACAUGGAACAAAGCCCAUGCCUAGUUCAACCACACUGACAUCACUCCAGGGCUAAACCAAGCCAAGUUUUAAUAUAGUUAACAUAUACUAGGGUUGCCAUAUUUCAAAAAGUGAAAAUACAGACACAAAAGUUGUUGAAAAAGGAAAAUCGGCAAAAACAACACUGACGACAUGGGUUGCCGUACAUCCCGAUCUCACCAGACAUUUUAUCUAUUUUUGCCUGGACACUGCAGUAUUCCAGCUAUGUCUGGGAAAUUCUGGAUGUAUGGCAACCCUAUAAGGGUGAGGAAAUCUCUACGAUCUUUAUUAUUAUGUCAAGCCUGUGUGCGUGCAAAAAAUAAAAACACACAUUUAUUUUCAAUGUGCAUGCCAUAAAAUAUAUACAAUUCUUUAUGUUUGGAGAUGCAGGUAGGCAAUGGGGAGGUAUUCAACUGAAGGCAAAUUUACCAUUGAUAAAUGAAAACCUAUCCCCUAACUAGAUUAUGAAUCAAGUCAGUGUUGUUAUUUCCUCUGCUUGAGAAGUAUCUCAUGUCCUGCAAAUUUCUCACAUUUUGCCUAAUGCUCAAAUAGAUGAAAAAUGUCACUUCUUAUUCCACUGGACACAUCUCCAAAAGAGGCUCUGAAAGGACACAGCUGGUGCUGCAUUAUUCUCUGCACUGCCAAAGAAAACACUCAGCGCACAUCUGCAUGAUGCUCCUUAUGGGAAUUGGAGGCAAUCAUGUAGAACACGGUCCUUAAAAUCCGCAUGGUUUGGGGGGCUUUUCCUGGCAUUGGGUUCCCUCUAUAUCACUAAAAAGGGCAAUUGCAGGACCAAGCUGGGUUGUGCCAUGUGCUUCCCUUCCUGCUGUGGUCCUGAGAGGAAAACACCAGCCUGCUAAUCAUAUGUUGCUUUUUCAGAAUAUUAAGGCUAAUACUUGAAAACGGAAGGUUUCAAUUGUUUUCUACAUAGACAAAAAAUCUAGUUACAAGUAGGAACUUGUAAAUUUCACUGAUUUCAAUGCGAAGAAGUGAAAUCUGUGCUUAAUCUGUGCUUACGAGUAGGAACUUGUAAAUUUCACUGAUUUCAAUGCGAAGAAGUGAAAUCUGUGCUUAAUCUAUAUUACUGCAAAGCUGGAGCACAAUCAGCUGAUAAAAUAAUAACUAACAUGGACAUAUCCUAAGAUAAGCUAUACAUGCCAGCCUUUUUAAAAUAAACAGUCCAAACCAUGAUCAUGGUUUUGGAAUGAGAUAAGGCAGUUGACAUUUGGAGAAAAAAUAGUGCUGUGCCAGGGAUGAGCAUGUCUUGUGUGUUUCAGAGGGACUGAGUUUCAGGGGGAAAGCCAGGACAUAGGUACAGAUGGAAGCUAACAGUAAACAGGCAGGGAGCAGGGAAGAGAUGUGGCAAGAUACAGAGAGAGUCAAGGAAAAGCAUGGCAAGAGCAAGAGAAGAAUGAGCAAAUGGAUUCAAGGCACAGCCAAGGUGCUCCAGUUGGGAGCCAUUGAACAACCUGCCAGUAGCAUCUUCCUGCUUCCUGGAGUCAAAGGGAAGCCCAGGUGCUCUCAGGUGAGCUCACAUUCCAAGAUGGGGUGAGGCCAUGGAGCAAUUCCUGUGGGCACAACUAAACAUGACAUGAGAGAGCCAUGAUCAAGGCUUUAUGUGAACCUUUGAAAAAAGUGAAUACCUGCCUAGUAGGAACAUUCAGAUUGGGACUGCAGUACUGGCAUUGAGGCUUGCAACGCAAUUCCAUGUGGUUUUUCUGAACUAAAAAUCAGCACCCUCUAUCCAACAUGCUAUUUGCUGUCUGAGAGAAAAAACAUAGCUACCCCACAUCUUUCUUAUUUAUUUGUAUUCAAAAUGUUUAUUCCAUGUUCUUUAGACAGAAACACUCCUAGACGCUGAUAAAAAUAACAUUUGAAACACGUAUGAUUUCCACCACAGGAAAAAUAGCUUGGGGGAAGGGAGCCAUUUUAUUGGGGAAUCUGCAUGGAGGCAAAAAUAUACCAGAUCACCAUCCUCCAGCUGCUAUUAGUUCUUUAAAAAAUCUGUGGGAGAUCCCAAUCUUGGAUCUCCUGGUGGGUCAAACCUAAUUGUGUCUAAAGAUGGUAGAGCUCCAUCUGGUUCGUGCUGAUUUGGUUUGGAAAUAACCUAAAUGAUUCUCUCUGUAAUCAGGAAACAGAUCAUCUAAUUUCAGAUCCAAUCUGAAUUUGCCAUUUCCCCCACAGCUGCAAUCUUUGAAAGUAGUCUCUGUGCAAACAGAUGGAGAUAAGGGUUUCCUUCUAUUUGCAUAUCGGCUGCUUUCAAAGACUGCACCUGGAAAAACUGCUGCUUUGGGGAUAAAAGCCCUCUCUCAUUAGGAGAUCCAUGGGGCAAGAGGGUUCCUUGAAGGGGAUAGAUGUUUAUGUCACACCAGCAAUUUUCCAGGAUGCAGCCCUUCUAAGCAGGGUUAAGCCAGGAAGUCCUCUCAGCUAAUAGUUUAAUCCAAGCCAGAGAAGAUUCACCUCUUCUUUGUGCUACUGAAGUCCUUUUUUGGGCCCAAGUUUGGCAAAGUUUAUUGGCAUCUUUAGUUGUGCUGUGAGAAUGGCGAAGCAGUUAGAAGUCAUAUUCAAUGCCCUGUACAAACCAUCCCCAAAAAACAACAACAGAAAAAGGGAAAUAAGAUAAUAUAGCCUGGGGCUUCUAUCAGUAUUUUUGUGAUGAAGAAUGGGCUCAAUGAGACACCCAGUAGGAGCUCUGAGACUAAAGAAGUGACAUUAAGAGCAUCAAGAAAAGUCACUUGUUUCUAGCUUGGGCUGGGUAAAAAAAUCUCUGCAAUAAUAAAUGUGCAACUUCAAAGGGUUCCAUGUGUUUCUUUAGGAGCUGCGUUUAGCCUGACGAUAGCCCUCCUCCCUUAUCCAUGUAGUGAACAGGGGUGAUUGCAAGGCUGCUACUGGCUACACAGAUGGGUUUUCUCUGUCAGUACUGCAGGAUUCCAAGGCAAAAGUAAUUCCCUUUCACAACAUGUCAGCAUUUGUUGCGCUUCUGGCUAUGUGCUGUAGUAGUCAAACUGGAAUCUGGAGCAGAUUCACGAGUCCCAGAAAUGUAACUGAGAUUUGAAUGCCCCGCCGCCUCCCCCAAUGCUUUUCAAAACAGAAUCAGUGCAUGUUGACUUUACUCACCCAUGAAUGAGCAACCUCAUGUAAUUUAGUUGGCUAAUCCAAACCAGCCAAGCUGGAACCCUAGCGAAAUCUUCACUAUCAGUUGGCAAUGGUUGUGGUGUGCCUUGUUUGUUGGUCGGUAGAUGUAGGACGUCUCAUCACACAAGGAGGGAUUUUAGUGCCCAUUUUAGUGCUGCAGUUAAGCCACAAUUUUUGACCAAAUUCUACACUUCUGUUUAAUGCAUCAAACUUGCCCCAGAAUUUCCUGAUGUGCACCCGCCCUCACAUUUUCUCUUGCUUUGAAAUAAAUGAGUUGUUUAUAAAUGAGCAUUGACAAGCAUUCCCUACAUCAAGAGAAUAAUCCAAAUGGUGAUUAUAAGGUCCCAAUAGGAUUAUAUGAAAAGGAUGUGCGUAUAUUCAAAUAAUUACAAAACAAGGCACAUGCAUGUUCAUGACGCAACAGGAAAUUGUGAAGCAUCACUUUACACUUUACACUUAAGACAAAAAUUUGUCCUAGGUCCACAGGAAAACAACACUGUAAGUGAGAUACCAUCUCAGGCAGGGGGAGGAAAUCAUGUUAUAUUUCAAAUGGAGAGUGAAAAGAACAGUCUAGAUAUAAAAGCGGCAGCUGCCUUUCCAACAUGAAACCCUGCAUACUUAUCACUGGAUAAUCACAUGCUGGGGGCAUUAAUAGGCUUAAGGCACAGCCUAGGCUCAGAUAAUCCCCUGAGUUUUGAUUACAUUUGAUAAAGAGAUUAAUAGGCCCAUAUGCUCAUGUACACAAUCAAAGGAUGAUAAUACUUAUACCACUGUUGGCAUUUUGUCAGGAGCUUUUGCAUCGCCAUGCCGUGCACCACAGGUCUUGCAGACCAUCUUCCAUUAAAUGUGGACUCAGAUGAUGUAAUGUAAACUACAAGGCUCCCGAUUCCCCAUCCUUCACUGAAACCAGCACAUCAUGCUUCUGUGCUAUCUUAAAAAGACCUGAAUUAGGCAAACCCUCACAAAGGGCAUCCAACCAACCUAUAUACAUUAAUUGCAUUUCAUUGCUUUGUGUUUUUCUCUCCCCCUUAUUACUUGCAGGUCAGGUUGCUCUCUGGUCACUGGUUGUUCUUGCCAUAGAGCGCUAUAUCGUGGUCUGUAAACCAAUGGGAAACUUCCGCUUCUCUUCCUCCCAUGCCUUGAUGGGCAUUGCUUUUACUUGGGUUAUGUCCCUAUCCUGUGCAUGUCCACCCCUUUUUGGUUGGUCCAGGUAAGUAAAAAUGAUAGUUUUGCAUUAUAUACAACACUGGGGUACUAUGUUGUACUGACUAAAUACUGAAAUCCAAUGACCGGUAGUUAGGAACUGACUAGCUAAGAAGUAAUUAUGGGAACAGCUAUAGACUCGAUCUCUUUUCAUAGGCAUCAAUCCCAUUUACUUACCAAGGCUGGCACUUGGAGUACUGUACAAUAUCAGAUAUGGAAGCAGAAUUGAACAGAAAUUUUGGGAAUGCCUGCACACACAAGCCUGUAUGUGCAAUUUCCUUAUAUUCACAUACGAAUGAGUAAAUUUGAAUGCAUUUCCAUGCAUUCUGGCAAAAGUUCAUCAUAGAGAUGAAAUCACCCUGUUCUAGAUUAAUCUGGGGACCUGUUGUAUGAUGAUUCUAUCAAUUUCUGACAUCAACUUCCAAAUAUUUCCCUCCCUAUGGAAUGCCCUCCCAUCAGAUGUCAAGGAGAUAAAGAACUACACAACUUUUAGAAGAUAUCUGAAGGCAGCCCUGUAUCAGGAAGUUUUUAAUGUUUGAAUUUUAUUAUGUUUUUAUAUGCGUUGGAAGCCACCCAGGGUGGCUGGGGCAACCCAGCCAUAUGGGUGGGGUAUACAUGAUAAAAUUAUUAUUAUUAUUAAAUAUCUCCAUGGGGUCUCACUCAUGGCAGACAACUGAGGCAUCUCAGUUUGAGUCAUCAUUCUCAGUAGAACCACUAAUUCUCUAAUAUCAGGCCCACUCACUCAUGCAGUGAGAAUGUGGGUGAGUUGAGUGGAUAAGGGCAAAGUCAGUUUGGCAUGCCGUAAAAUUGGUUAUAUGAGGUCUUCACAAGUCACCCGGAGUCUUCUAAACUUUCCACUAUUUAGUCUGAGAAGCCCAAGCCCUUAAGUGAAGGGGGUGAAGCACCCGGGAGAGGAGAGAUUCUCUGUACUAAGCUGAGAGUUUAGUGGAAGUGCUGGCUGCUUGUAAUGCAAUUGUCUAAUGCCAUGUCCCACCUGCUGUGCUCCAUUUAACAGCUGCUUUCUCUUCUGGAGUGCCCGAGGCACAUUUGUGCAUGCAUGCUUGCACAUGUGCCCGGACACACACACAGCAUCUCUUUUAAGCACACGUGCACACAGAGACCAUCUAUUUCUACUCCAGCAGCUGCUACAAAUUAACCUUAGCUUUAACGAAAAGAUUGUGAGUCCUAUUUUAACAGCCUUGAACCAUUCAGUAGAUCCCUAUGCAUUUGUGUCAUUCUCAGAGUCUGUAGGUUUCCUCAUGUAAGUAAGGGAAGCUGAGGUCAUGCUUUUCAGAUGCGGUGCUUAAUCAAUUGCCAUUUACUUCUGAACAGCAAUAAUGGGAAGGAGCUGGGUGAUAAUCUGCAUUGGGUCACCAUGCCGGGCAUCCUGAAUUGCCUUAGUAUUUGCUUACAGUUCAAUGGAAAGACAAGGGAUUUCUCGACCAUAGAAGGCUGUCUAUUCAGUAUCUCCAUUUCCAGCCUUCCAACACAGAAAUAUUCCCCACGGCUUCCAUUUAGCUUCCCAAAUCCAAGGUUUGCACCAACAAAGUAAAAGCAGUGACUCACACACCUAAUCUUUUUCUCCACACACAAUGGCCAGGAUCCACAGAUAGCGUGUAGACAUGCCCAAGGGGUGCCCAGCAAGAUGACUGACUUUUCCCCCCUUUGAACAGCAGCCUUUGUGCUGCAUCACAAAUACCUUUGGAAUUUCAUCUUCGUUUCAAAAGCAGUUUGCCAUGGGGCAUUGGAGGCCUGCUGUUCGAGAAACACAAAUUCAAGCCCUUUUUGAAAAAAGGCAAUAGUUUGUGUGCCCCCCCCCCAAUCUAAGCUGAACAGUUUUCUUCUACAUCUGACUGUUCCUGGUCCUUAGUAUAUGGAAACACAAAAUCAGUAGCCAUUACCGAAAAACAUCACCAUUGGUUGCAGCGGCCUAGCGUGAGUUGCCAGUACCCAGGGCCAUGGGGGGGAUGGGACCUGGCAGAAUAUGCAUGUGUUCAUCUGCCUAAUGGCACCUGCACCACCCAGGAGAUUGCAGCCACAGAGAUAAGAAAAGAGAAGUUGUUCAGUUGUCUGGAGAGGUCACUUCUUGGUUCCCAUGGAGAAGCCAUUUUCAACGGACCCCAGAGAUGGAAGCACAUAGCUGUAUUGAGGCAGCAGUGGGUGUUGAAAUUUUGUGCCUCAAAGAAUUUUUGGCCCGGGGGAACUGCCCAUUUGUCCCCCCAAUGGUGGUAAAUCUUAACUGUAGUCCUGGACAUACUGGUGAAUUUUCGUAAUUUUCAUGGAGUGCUAAUGGUAUUCAGGUCAACAGACUUCUCCCAUACGUACAAGUGGAAAGUAUCAGUAUUUAAUAGAUUAGUGCCUUAUCAAGCAGUAAUGCUCUAGCAUGUUCUCUUAUUAUUACACACUAUGUUACAGACAGCUCAAGUGAACACUUAAGACUAGGCUUCCACAGCUCUGCUUCCAAAGCAUUGUUUAUAAUUCUAUUUACAACUUAGCUGUGUGCUACUUAGGUAUAAGGGCCUGGCAAAUGGGCACUUCGAUACUCCCCUGCUCCACUUCCUUCAGCAGCUGCAAAUUACAGACUCCUUAGAGUUAGCAGUGCCCUCAAGGACCCACAUAAUCUCUGUUCCCUUCCUCAUCUGCUUGCCACAACGCGAUCAGGUGUCUGACAAGUUCAACCACACGCACUCAGCUGCGCAGAGAUUAGACUAAAUCGAUAGUUCCCUGUGGGAGGCAGCGAGCGUCACAACAAACUGAUGUUAUACAUCCAACUGCAACAUGCCGGCUUGGAGCGCAUUGGGAAUGUGUUCAACUCAUUUGUUGCCUCCUUCCAAGUGAAUAUACAUGAUGGCAUGGCAUUGUCCCUGUGAGACUGGGAGCAGGAGGCACCGGGUCCCCCAGAGAAUAAAGCCGGUGAUCCCUGCAUGUGGUGUCAUUGCUUGAAUAUGACAGUGUUCCCUAGACAUUUUAAUUAAUCAUAAGACUUUCAGUUGAUGACUAGAUCAGAUUUGCCUGUUUUCUAUUCUUUUUCUAUUCUUUUCAUUCAUUCAAUGUAUUUAUUUAGCAAAUUUUUGUAUACCACUUGAUUGUACCACCCUAUAAAUGAAACAUAAAAAUUCUUGAUAAAAACAGUUAAAAGCAGGCAUUUAAAAACAUUCAAAGAUGUUUAAAAUCAACACUAGCUAGAAAGAGAUAAAACACAUGUAACUUAUACCGAUGAAAUUCAAUGCAGCAUAUAUGCAUGGCUAAUGAAAUCCCCCUGCGUAAGAGGAAUUUCCCUCCUCUCUUUUCCUCUGUGCUCCCUAAACCUGUUUCAGUUCUGACUCUGCCGGCUACUGGUUUUGGUUCCACCUACCAAUAGCAUGUGGACCUCCACAGAUCACCGUCAAGGGAAUGUGGUUUUUGACAGAAAAAGGUUGCCCACUCUUGCUUUAGAGUAAGCAGGAGGUGGUUAUAUAUCACUGGAUGUACAGUGGUACCUCAGGUUACAGACACUUCAGGUUAUAGACGCUUCAGGUUACAGACUCUGCUAACCCAGAAAUAAUACCUCUGGUUAAGAACUUUACCUCAGGAUGAGAACAGAAAUCACACGGUGGCAGCGGGAGGCCCCAUUAGCUAAAGUGGUGUCUCAGGUUAAGAACAGUUUCAGGUUAAGAACGGACCUCUGGAACAAAUUGAGUUCUUAACCCGAGGUACCACUGUACCUCCUUUGUCAAAUCAUCUCCUGCCCAAAAAUUCUGGAGACACAACUGAUCUCGGAGAGAGGCACCAGGUGAGCAAUCUUCCAGAAAAACACUAUGGUCCCUUACAGUGGUGCCCCGCAAGACGAAUGCCUCGCAAGACGGAAAAACCGCUAGACGAAAGGGUUUUCCGUUUUGAAGUUGCUUCGCAGGACGAAUUCCCCUAUGGGCUUGCUUCGCAAGACGAAAAUGUCUUGCGAGUCUUGAGAUUUUUUUUUCGCUUUUACCCCCCAUUAUCUAAUAUGCUAAGCCUUUAAUAGCCUUUAAUAGCCUUUUAGCAGCUAAUACCCUAAGCCUUUAAGCCUUUAAUAUCCGCGAAACAGCUGAUAGCGCUAAUAGCGCUAAUCCGUCAAUGGGCUUGCUUCGCAAGACGAAAAAACCGCUAGACGAAGACUCUUGCGGAACGGAUUAAUUUCGUCUUGCGAGGCACCACUGUAUUAGCCUACGAUGAAUAUAGCCCAGGACUUCUCUGGGUUGGAUGGAAGUGCCUGGAAAGAACUGUGUGCUGGAAGUGGAACUCAAAGUUCACACUAAAGGAUAGUGGAUGAACAUGUCUGAGACCAGGUCGAAAGCGACUAUGGAAUGCUGCAAGAAUCUCUGGUGCAUCUCUGAACUGUUGAAGGGAGAUGUAGAAGGGAGUGCAAAGACAGGAAACUGCUAGAGAAACUUCACAGAAAAAUAUUCUGGAAUUAUAAUGACUUCAGUUAAUGCUAUCAACUGGGAAUCAGUGGAAUCAUCCUGAAACCAUUUGCAGGCUUUCUUGCUUCCCUCAUAAUGUCUUAGAGGCUGCAGAUAAGUGAGCGCCUCCACAUUAAUGUUGAAAUUUAGUUAAUGGCUACUUAGGGAGGUGUGCAGUUGCUCUGAGAAAAGUUGUUAGUUUUAACUACAUUCUUCGUGCUUCCUUUGAAACCCUCCGAAGUUUCACCUCAGAAAGAACCUCCAAAUUUAGCUGACAAUUUGACUUAUAGGUGAAAUUUGGUGGCAACAACUCUACUUGAGCCAGUGACUCUUGUACUGAUCCAAAGGCUUUGUGUAAGAUAAACAUCUUUACUGACUUGUUUUUGUUGUUGUUCACAGAUAUAUACCUGAGGGGAUGCAGUGUUCCUGUGGCCCAGACUACUACACCCUCAACCCUGAUUACCACAACGAGUCCUACGUUGUCUAUAUGUUUGUCAUCCACUUCGUUAUCCCCGUGGUGGUCAUCUUCUUUUCCUAUGGGCGGCUCAUAUGUAAAGUCCGAGAGGUAGUGUAUCUCCCUCCACACUCAAGGUAUGAGGAGGCAUAGGCCAAGAGCAAUGAGGUGUACUCUGGGGGUACUCUCAGGGAUGCUGCAGGCUGGUUCCACCUUGAUGGGCGGUCAUAGAGAUAGCUGGGCAUGACUUCACUGUUAUAUAUGCAUCUAGGUUUUAUGGAGGCUCUAUAAGGGAGACAAAUGGGAAGGCUACACACUUUGAAUAGGCAAGAUCACAAGUCAUUUGUAAUAUGUAAUAGUGGAAUUUGUAUAUCCACAAGGGUCUCCGAAUUGGGGACAACUUUAUAGGUGCACCUGGUCUGUUUUGUUGCUUCUCAGGCCACAUUCACACCAUACAUAUAAAGCAAUAUCAUACCACUUUAGACACCCAUGGCUUCCCCCAGAGAAUUAUGGGAGAGUUGUUAGGAGACCCUGAUUUCUCCCCACAGAGCUACAGUUCCCAGAAUUCCCUGUGAAACAGGAUUUACUGUUAAACCAUUCUGGGAAUUGUAGUUUUGUGAGGAGAAUAGGGGUCUUCAAACAACACUCAGAACCCUUAGCAGACAAGAGCUCCCAAAAUUCUUUGGGAAGCCAGGACUGUUUAAAGUGGUAUCAUAAAGUGUGGUGUGAAUGUGAUCUGAGCCCCAACUAUUCUAGGCCUCUGGUCUCAUGGAAGGGCCAAUUCAGACAUUAGCCUCUUACAUGAGGAAAUGUUUGAAACUCAUUUUCCCACCACUUGUUUUGACCACUGGAAGAAUAUAGGAGAUAUCUCAGAGAACUUACCUCCCCCAACCCAAAGGAAGUGGGGACUGUGACCAAUUCACAGCCACAGCUUCCACUUGCUUUAACCAAAGGGAGAAACCAGCAGAUAGACUUCUUCUGGUUGCCUGGACAAAUGGAAUCUGGAGUGGGGAAAGAGAAGAUAUGAGCACCAACAUCCACUUCCCUGCAGGGAAGGACAAAUGAUGGAACAGCUUUCAGUUGCCAGUCCUGUUUUGGCUACUGGAGGACAACAGUCUACUGCCUUCUUCUGAUGUUCAAGGCAACUGCAACUCAUCUCUGAGGGUGAUGUUGAAAUAGCUCCAUAGCUGCUUGGCUGGAGAGAGCCCUUUUGAGUCCCUGUCUUCUCUUGCACCCCCAGGCAGCUGCUCAGCAGCAAGAGUCUGCAAGCACCCAGAAGGCAGAGAAAGAAGUUACCCGCAUGGUGAUCUUGAUGGUGCUAGGGUUUAUGCUUGCCUGGACCCCCUAUGCUGUGGUGGCAUUCUGGAUCUUCACCAACAAAGGGGCAGACUUUUCUGCUACGCUCAUGUCAGUGCCUGCCUUCUUCUCAAAGAGCUCGUCCCUCUACAAUCCCAUCAUCUAUGUCCUCAUGAACAAACAGGUGAGAUUCCCCCCGAAUCGGGAAAUGAACCCGACUUCCCCUCCAAUAGACUCCAUUGCCAACUUCUCUGCACUUAAAACAUUGCAUAUUCCUCUCUUAAAUAAUAACCUCAACCCCAGGUGGUGUUAGAAGUCUUCAUUUGCAGGUUUCGGACAUUACGGUUCUGAAUGUUAAUAUAGUUCUCUUGAUAAAUGUCUUUGUCAAAGGGGGAACAUAAAAACAAUUAAAUCUCAGUGGCUAUCAGUUAAUGUCAAUUCCUGCUAACCAAGUCCAAAGUCCAAGUGGAUGCAAUAGUGUAUCUUAUUCUGCUACAUGAGUUACUUGGAAUGUCAUACUGCCAUUGAGUUGCUACUCUGAAAACACAUAUUUGUGAUGACGGUUAAUAUGCCUAGAGUUGACAGCCCAACGAGGCAUGCAGAGACCCUCUGCUUUCUACCAGAAUAUCUCCCUUGCAGCUGAGCUUCUCUGUGUGGUACACAUUAAUUGUUCUAGAGCAUCUCUGUUCUCUUUUUCUCUUUCCAGUUCCGUAAUUGCAUGAUCACCACAAUCUGCUGUGGCAAGAACCCCUUUGGGGACGAUGAUGUCUCAUCAACUGUAUCCCAAAGCAAAACUGAGGUAUCCUCUAUCUCCUCCAGCCAAGUGUCACCUGCAUAG